AUGUCUUCCGCGGGUGCCGGCAACGGAAAGUCGGAAUCCGUAUAUACGACCAGCUCUGGCGGGACGAAAAGGAAGAGGAAUGAUGGCCCCAAGUUCUAUGCGGUGAGGACGGGAUUCAAUCCGGGGAUCUAUCAUACGUAUAAAGAUUGUCUGGAGCAGGUGCGAGGGUUUAAGGCGCCGAACUUCAAAUCCUUUCCAACCUUAAAGGAAGCGGAAGGUUUCAUGAAGGGCCUCACUGUCGGCACGCCUUCAAAGUUCUAUGGGGUCCAGAAUGGACGUGUACCCGGCGUGUACACCGAUUGGCCAACUGUCCAGGCCCAGAUCACAGGGUGGACGAAACCGAAGCAAAAAGUCUUUGCGACCCGCGCCGAGGCCGAAGCAUUCGUACGGGCCGGCACAUCGGUAUCGCAGGGCGAGUCUGUGAAGAACGUAUCUAUUCCGGGGGGGUCAACGACGCCCAACCCAAACACUCCAACGAAUGCGCCGCCGUUCAAGAAAUCGAAGAAGACGAAUGGGACGACGGGAACGAGUGAGGCAGUGCCAGAACCAGGUACGGGACUGCUCCCCCCCGGGGCCGACGAUCGAUUCGAUAACCGAAUCUUUCUGAAUCCACGGACGGGAAAGAUCGAAUACAAAACGGCUGAGGAGGCUAAUGCCACGAAACUAGUGCCGACAAAGGACUUCAAGGGAACCCUUCGUAUCUUCACGGAUGGUAGUUCGCUAGGGAAUGGUGCCUUGGGUGCGGUUGCUGGGGUCGGGGUGUAUUUCGGACCACAGGAUCCUCGAAACUUAUCAGAACCGCUCGCGGGGAGUCGGCAAACUAAUCAACGAGCUGAGCUGACUGCCCUCCUCCGCGCCCUCGAGCUUGCACCGCUCGACAUCAACGUGGAGGUGUACUCGGACUCCAACUAUUCGAUCAACUGCGUGACUGUCUGGCACGUCACCUGGCGGAAGAACGGCUGGGUGACGUCGAACAAGAAGCCAGUCGAGAACCGGGACCUCGUCGAGGAGGUCAUCAACAAGAUCGAGGCCCGCGACCGGAAGGGUGUGACGACCAAGUUCGUCUGGAUCAAAGGUCAUGCCAACUUCGAGGGAAAUGUCCAGGCCGACCGAAUGGCUGUGGAUGCUGCGCGAAGGGCGAAGAUGGGCGUCCCACGCGAUGGGCAAGAUGCAUGGGGAGAGCCGUAG